AUGUCUACUUCCACAAAAUAUGAGCCGAACGAGCAGGAGAAUUCAAGGCUUCGGAUUGGAAGCCGUGAUAAAAACGUUGGAUGGUUCACUUCAGAUCUCGAGACCCUCACUCCUGCCCAGCGAGGCCUCUUCGAGAAUUACAGCCGCAUCCAUCCAGAUCGCGUCAUCCCACACAUCCUUGAAGUUCGAGAGAAAGCCUGGGAAUUUCAUCCCUUACCUUGCAUUGGGCAACUACGAUUUAUCGACUUUGCUCUUUCGCAGUCUCCUCUGUACCCAGAAAUCUUAUCACGUAUCAAAUCGGGGGCGAAUUUGUUAGACCUAGGGUGCUGCUUCGCUCAAGACUUACGAAAGCUUGCCUAUGAUGGAGCUCCCGAUUCUUCACUUUAUGGCGCCGAGUUGGAAAGCCAAUACCUUGAGCUUGGUUACGAGUUAUUCUUGGACAGAGAUACCUUUCGGGCAAAGCUCAUCGUGGCAGAUAUCUUCGAUGAACAAGGACCACUUCAAGAAAUAGACGGAAAGAUGGAUAUUGUCCACAUUGGGCUAUUCCUUCAUUUAUUUGACUUGGACGGGCAGCGAGAGAUAUGUGAACGGAUUGUGAGAUUGCUUAAGAAUGAGAAAGGAGUACUAGUGCUUGGGACACAAGUCGGGAGCACUAAACCCAAGGAUGUACCGUUUGGCGCGGCCAAGAACGUAUUUAGGCACGACGAGACGACCUUUGAGAAGUUGUGGAAGGAGGUUGGGGAGAAGACAGGGAGUGCGUGGAAGGUUAAAGCAUGGAUGGAUGGAGGGCUAGGUGCUGGGUCGAAAAAGCGUCCAUGGGACGACGAAGAUACCCGGCGAUUGAUCUUCGAGGUGGAAAGGACAAAAUGA